AUGGACCGGAGAGAAAUGAAGAAAGAGGAUGAUAAGAAGGAGAAGACGGGAGAGGAGGUGGUGCAGCUUCGGAGGGAGAUCGGCCUGCUGCCCGCCGUGUGCUUCAUCAUAGGCACAGUGGUGGGCAGUGGCAUCUUCAUCGCACCCAAGGGAGUCCUGGUGAACAGCGGCAGCGUGUGGCUCUCCCUGCUGGUGUGGGCGCUGUGUGGGGUCCUCUCUCUGUUCGGGGCCCUGUGCUAUGCUGAACUGGGCACCACUUUCACAAAAUCAGGGGGCCACUACACGUAUCUACUGGAGACACUGGGGCCACUUCCCGCCUUUCUACGACUCUGGGUUGAGUGCUUAUUCAUCAGACCUUCGGUGGCUUCCUACGUGUCCCUGGCUUUUGGCCGCUACGUGGUGGAGCCCUUCUUUGAACCAUGUGCUGCUCCCACAGCGCUCAUCAAACUGGUCAGCAUCCUGGGAUUGACGUUCGUCGUGGCAGUCAACUGCUGGAGUGUCACCAUGGCCUCCCGCACUCAGAUCACCUUGACCUUCGUGAAGAUGUUCGCUCUGGUCCUCAUCAUCAUCCCUGGAGUCAUGGCACUGGCCAAAGGAAAAACAGAGAAUUUCCAGAAUGGUUUAGAGGUUGAAUCAUUGACAUUGGAUAGGCUGCCACUGGCCUUCUAUAACGGCCUUUAUGCCUACGGUGGAUGGUUUUAUCUGAACUUCAUCACAGAAGAGGUCAUAAACCCAAAUCGAAACAUCCCGCUGGCAAUAAUCUGCUCCAUGGUGACAGUGACAGUCUGUUAUGUGCUCGUUAAUGUGGCCUACUUCACCAUGAUGACUCCCGCUGAGCUGCUGCUGUCCGAUGCUGUGGCUGUGACGUUUGCAAACCGUGCUCUCCAGGGAAUGGCUUCUGUGAUUCCCUUCCUCGUGGCCCUAUCCUGCCUUGGAGCGCUUAACGGUGGCACCUUUGGGUCUCCCAGGAUGCUGUUCGUGGGAGCCAGGGAGGGACACUGGCCUCCAAUCUUCUCCAUGAUUCACAUCCGCAGACGAACACCUUUACCUGCUGUGCUAUUCCUGUACCCCUUGAUGGUGGCGAUGUUACUCACUGGAGAGAUCUACCAGCUCAUCAACUUUGCCUCCUUUUCUCGCUGGUUCUUCAUCGCCCUGGCAACCUUAGGGCUGCUCAUCCAUCGGUAUCGCUUCCCUGACCACCCACGACCUUUUAAGGUGCCCCUGGCCAUCGCGGUUAUCUUCACGGUGGUUUGCUUCUUCAUCGUGGGUCUGUCUCUGUACUCGGACCCCUGGAACACAGGGCAAAGCUUUGCUCUCACACUGACCGGGGUCCCGGUUUACUAUGUGACCAUCUACCGCUAUCGCUUACCGCCUAGGUUGAGACGCAUCUUUGACUACUUCUGCAAGCAGCUGCAGAUCCUUCUAGAAGUGACUCAACAGGAAGUCCAGACAUACUGA